AGCUGGCGGCUUCCGAGGAGACCCUCAAGGACUCUCCGCUCGCCGCAGAUCACCGAGAUCUCCGCAAAGAGGCCAUGGGGUUCCUAACGUUCCUGCUCUUCCCCCUGCUGAUCCUGGGAAUCAGCGGCAUCGUAUUCAUUUACCGGGAAGUGGUGAGGCUGAUGUCCCGAUCGGCCGUGAAGAAUAAAGUGGUCGUGAUCACGGACGCGGUUUCAGGACUUGGAAAAGAGUGCUCCCGGGUGUUCCAUGCGGCUGGGGCCCGGCUGGUUCUGUGCGGCAGGACCUGGGAGAAGCUGGAAGCUUUACACGACGCUUUAAUCAGUGUGGCAGACCCCAGCGUGACGUUUACACCCAAACUUGUGUUUCUGGAUAUUGGUGACAUGAGCAACAUUCAGGCCGUAGGGAAGGAGAUUCUGGAUUGUUACGGAUGCGUGGAUGUGCUCAUCAACAACGCCAGCAUGAAAAUUAAAGGGCCGGCUCACAGCGUCACGUUGGAACUGGACAAGAGGAUCAUGGACGCAAAUUAUUUUGGUCCUAUAACCUUAAUAAAAGCGAUUUUGCCCCACAUGGUUUCCCGGAGAACCGGUCAGAUUGUUCUGGUGAACACCAUCCAGGGGAAGCUGGGCGUCCCGUUUCGCGCUGCAUAUGCAGCUUCUAAACACGCCAUCCAGGGCUUUUUCGACUGUCUCCGCGCGGAAGUGGAGGAGUUUGAUGUUUUUGUGAGCACCGUGAGUCCCACGUUUAUCCGCUCCUACCACGACCAACCCCAGCCUGGAAACUGGGAGGCCUCCAUCUGGAAAUUCUUUUUCAGAAAGCUGUCGUACGGCGUGCACCCGGUGGAGGUGGCCGAGGAGGUCCUGCGCACGGUGAGCAGGAGGAAGCAGGAGGUCUUCAUGGCAAAUCCCAUCGCCAAGGCGGCCCUUUACGUCCGGACCUUCCUCCCCGAGCUGUUUUUCGCGGUGGUCGCCACCGGAGUGAAAGAAAGACACUUUGUGGAGGAGGAGAAGUGAAUGGCCAGCUCACUAUAUAUAUGUUUAAAUAGAAAGAAAUAGAAUAUAUAU